AUGACAUCGCCUCACAUUCCAGCGGACUGCGUCGAAGGAAUAUUAGAAUUUCUGGAGGACGACAUAGUGACCUUACACUCUUGUCUCUUCACCUCCAGAACUUGGUGCAAAAUUGUCAUCCCAAUUUUAUGGAGGCAACCUUUCCGAUACAAACGCCACAACCCUUCCGCGGCGCUAAUAGAAACCUAUUGGUCUUUCGUCGGCAUAGAUGAUGUCACGCAGGUGGAUCGAGAAAUCUUAUUAGAACAUCACAUCCAAUUUUCGGAUCCCAGCCGGAGAAAGCUCUUUGACUACCCUUCGUUUCUAAAAAGACUCAACUAUCGGGAUCUGUAUGAUUUCGCCAUGGUAUGGUGCGGUGAUCCAAGAACCUUGCGAACAGCAAAACCAUUUAGACAAGAUCCAAUGAGAACCAUCGCCGAAUGCCUACUUGAUCUAUUUAUUUCCAGGGGAGCAAAGUUUGAUUACUUAUUUUGGGACAACGGAGAAGAAUUGAUCGAUGAGACCUCGGAUACAGGUUCGCAAGAUGUGGUUAUAAUCGAAGAGGACGAAAGUGAUGACAUUAUUUUGGAGAUACCGCCUCUACCCGAUUCAGUAAAUAGCUUUUCAAGCAUCCAGACACUUGGGUGUUUUGCAAUGUGUGAACAUCUUGAACAGACGUUUAUCAAUGCUGCAACCGCAUGCCAAAGGAUAGAGACACUGAUCGUCAGAAUGAGCAUGAGUGACGAGCUGAACACCGUGAGAGCGCAACGAGAGAUGGAAAGUUUGAACAUGCUAAUCGAUGCACAAAAGCACCUACGAGAAUUUAUAUUCGUAGAGUAUCCCGGAAGAUUUUGGUGGAGCCCCUCAUCGAGAUUAAAGGAUGUCGAGCUUUCGCUGAACAGUCAGAUGAAGACGAUUACAAUUGUCGAAUUCCACCAAGUCGAUUUCACAUUUUGGCAUCCAUUGGAGUCCGUAGCAAAUUUGCCAAAUCUAGUGACUUUGGUGUUUAACGAUUGUCGGCAACACGAACUUGUGAUGGAACCCUUUAGAUACAGUUCAUUUCACCGACUUGAAAAAUUGGUUAUGAACGGAUACCGAGUUGACAGCGAUGCUCUAGUCGACCUAUCGAAUACUUUGGUCAGUCACGGGAACAGAACGUUAAAACAUCUUUCGAUGGUUAUGACAUCGCAAAUAACGGCAGCGGUCAUUUCGGCCAUUCAGGAAUAUAAUCAUCCGGAACUAGUAGAAUUAAGGAUUAAAUUUGAUCAUUCACACUUUAUCUCUCUCCUUUCAUGCCCGUUCUAUUCCCUCCCAAGGUUGCGGAAAUUAGUAUUGUGCAGUUGGGGAGAAACGGAAGUUAUAGCGAAUGAUCUAUUGCCGCAACUGGGAAAGAGUUUACCGCCAAGCUUAGUUCAUCUGGAAAUCAUGGCACCAUGGAGAUUUAGCGUCAAAGCAUUGAGAAAAUUCUUGGAUAACAGCUGUGCACCUUUAAAAGUUUUAGAUAUUAGGUAUUGUAGGAAGAUACGUGACCAACACAUCGUUCUCAUUUGGAAUCGAUUGUAUUACACCCUCGAGAGUCUGAUAAUUUCAGAAGAAGAGAGUCAUCCUGAGGUCAGCACCGCCACCGGCAGCACCGAGAGCAGCAAUGGUGAUGAUCACAACGGUGACGACGGCAGCUUGGGGAUCGAGGGUGAAUCUUCCUCUAAAGGCGCACGAAGUGGUGGUGAUCAUGCCACUCAUUCGCACAACGACAUGGAACGCUCACGUCAAGAUGAAGGAACUGCAGAAAUCGGGAUCGAGUCACUGCACGGAAUCGUCAAGAGAACAAAAUUUAAUUGUUCGACCGAUGAAUCCGAUGAUAGAAUUGAAGCUUUGCGAUAUAGAUGGGAAUAA